AUGCGUGCUUGCCCCGCUGCCUGUGGCGCCGGCCGUGGCAACAUGCUCGACGGCAUGGCCCGGAACGCCAACGCCUUUGUCUACCACCUCCCGGACUCGCUCUCGGCCGCCAACCUCUGCGGCGUCACCCUCCGCUUCUCGACAUUCCCUACAGGCGUCACGUAUGCGCUCUACUCGGCCAGCUCGGACACACCGGCCGACUUUACCAAAAUCGUUGCGGACACUUCGCCGAUCUCGGUCGACGCGCUCGGUGGUGACGAGUACGACCUUGUCCUCGCCGAGCGCCUACCGCUAGUCGCAGGCACCCACUACGCCCUCGCCGUCGCCUCCGCUUCCACAGGCUCUCCGUAUGCUGAGUCCAUCGCCCUGCCGGCGGUAGCUUGCAGCGGUGGCAUCUCGUACACGCGAUCGUUCUCGGGCGCCGGCCUCUCGCCACCGGCCUCGCUCGCCUCGCUCGGCACCUCGACCUCGGAGCUGAUGGGCGGAUCGCUGACGAUCUGCCCCUCGUGUCCUACCCCGCAGCCGCCGGUUGGUGGCUCGGUCUCAAUUACCUCGUCUGUCGCAGGCGGCGCCCGGGUCUCGCCCGGCGACGUCGUCACCUACGCCUGUGAUGCGCCCAACAACCCAGUCGGCAGCCUCACCGCCACAUGCCUCUCCGAUGGGACAUACGACACAGCUGCGCCAACAUGCCUCGAUGCCGCUUUCGUGCUCGCCUUCACCGCUGCCGAUCUGGCGAGUCCGGUCGCGCUCUCGGUCGCGCUCUCGCCGUCGCUCUCCGGCGCGUGGUCUGCCGACGGCAAGCUCCUGACCAUUACCCUCGGCACGCCAUCCGCCUCGGCGCAGCAGCUCCGCAUCGGCUCCACCAUCGUUGUGCCGACCGGCGCCGUGGCCAUUACCACUGCCACCGGCUGGUCGCUUCCCGCCACUAGCCCGUCGGCAAAGCUCUCGGGCACCUGGGGCUCGCUCGCAUCGACGCUCAUGCUCAUCAACGACGCUACCGGUGCCAUCACUCGCCUCUCUCCGUCGUCGGUUUUCGAUGCUGGAGAACUAGUCGAGGGCGAUGCCCUCUCCGUCCUUGCCCAGCUCUCCAAGCCGCCAUCCUCAGCAGUUGCCAUCGACCUCAGCUUUGCCGACGGCAGCAAUUCGCCAAUCGAGCCUGGCCGUCCCGCCCACCUCACUCUUACCUCACCGACCGCCGCACCAAAUCCGGCUGCCGCGCUCCGGCUCGUUUUCGACGCCUUUAACUGGAACGUUUUUCAGAGAAUCGAGAUCCGGAGCCUCGCCGACUCCUACGCCUCGGAGGAUCCUGCCGCAGUUGUUGUCGCCCUGACACCAGCGCCGAGCUCCGAUGCCAGCUUUGUGGCUGCCUUUGCCGGCGCCCGCCUCACCGCCGUCGUUGUUGAUGCAACGCCGGAAGGUCUCUCGCUUGCGCCGCACACCCUGCCCUUUCCCAUUCCGCCCGUCUUUCUCUCCGACGAGUCAUCGGUUGCGCCCGGCACGACUCUCAUCACAGAGGCGGGCCACGUCUCAUGCUCAGCCAUUGCGCUGCAGUCGACGCCGUGGCUCGCAGGCGCGGGCGCCGAUGCGCGCCCCGCAACUGUCCGGGUCUCCCUCAAAACGCCCACUACUCGUCUCCGCCUUGUCCGCGGCGCUUGGGAUGUCACCGCUCACAUCCCGCCACUCCGCAUCACCCAGGCGACUCCGGUCGGACUUGCGCUCCGCGCUACUCUCGACGUUGACUUUGAUGCUUCCAACUGGAACCUGCCGCAGCCGUUUUGUGUCGUCGCGAUCACAGACGACGAGCCAGAUAACUCGGCUAAUGUUGCUGUCACGUACGCCAUCGCUGGCUCGGGAACCAGGUCGACGCCGUUUGCGCCAGCUAUCAACGCCCUCCCGCCGUCGCAGAUCCGAAUCGUCUCGGCGUCUUGGCCGCUGGUAACCGGAACCCGUCCGCGGGUGGCAGCCAUGGCUGGCUCGAUGGUCACUCUUCUUGGCCGCAACCUCGGCCUCAACCUCGACCUGGACAUCGCCUCACAAUUGGCCCCCGUUGACCGCUCCAACGUCACCAUGCUCUCGCCAAGUUCCGAGCUGCAGCUCCUGACGGCGCCGGUCGAGUCCAAAGGCUAUCUCGCUGUUACAGUCACUGAGCCCACGACUCGCCUCUUUGCAAUCUAUUCGGACCUGUUCUUUACUGAUGAUUGCCCGUACGAGGGCCAGUUUGGCCGCGGAACCGCAUGUGGUCCCUGUCCGAUCGGCGCCAUUUGCCCCGGUGGCUACCGGCUCUGGCCGCAGCCGGGCUACUGGACCGAGGCUGAGGACGCCGGCUACGUAGCGGCGUGUGCAUCACCGGCAUCUGAACGGUGCGCUGGUGGCAAGGCAUCCGGGUGCGGAAGUGGCUACCGUGGGCGGAUGUGCGCCCAGUGCGAUGUUGGCUACUACCAGCUCGGCUCACGAUGCGUGGCGUGCUCCGACUCCAAGGUCGUUUUCGUCACCCUCAUCCUCACCAACGUGGUCUUUGGCCUCCUCUUCCUCGCCGCCGUGGUUCUGCUCUCGGAUGCGUACCUCAACGUGGCGACCCAGCUGCUGCUCGCGGUGGUCAUGGUGUACUCGGUGGCCAAGACCAAUGCGGGUGCGAUGGACGGCUUCCUUGCCGAGGCCUACCAACUGCUCUCGAUCGUGGCCAUGGACCUCCGGUUUGUGCGGCCGGGGUGCGAGACCAUCCCAGGCUCGUACCUAGCGCUCUUCUACGGUGCGGUCUCGAUGUGCGCCGCCAUGGCUCUCUUGGUCGUGGCCACGCUGGCAAUGCUGCUGCGACUUCGACGCUCCGCCGCCACUUUUUACGCCGAUCGCCUCCCACGCGCGCUUCUCAUCUUUAGCACCAUGGUCUACAUCACGCUGACGACCACCUUUCUCGAGGCCCUGUUCUGUGUCCCGGGCGCUGGGGGCGACCGAGUCGUGGCCGCCGCCCGCGACAUGGUCUGCCUCAAAGGCUCGCACCGCCCAAUGUUUGUUCUUGCUCUCAUUGGCGUCAUAGCAUACGCCGCUGGCUUUCCGCUGCUCGUUAUGUACAAGCUGCGAUCGUUUGCGGCAAGCGGUCUGGUAUCCAACGUCGACGACGAGGCGCAUGCCCGAGUCCGCGCCCGCUACGGCUACCUCUUUGAGCAGUAUACCGAGUCGAUGUACUGGUGGAUCCUGGCUCAGCUGGCUCUCUUUGGCUCCAUCGCUCUAGCCAACGUCUUCCUCCGUGACUUUGAGUGGAUCCAGGCCUGCAUCUCGGCAUCCGCUCUCUUUGCUGUCGCCAUCCUAGCCCUCGUCCUCCGUCCGGCAAAAGUCGCGUGGAAGAACGGAGUCACCGCUGGCACCUACUUGACUGGUGCCUUUUCGACCAUGAGCAACCAGAUUGUAGCCAGUUCGCUCGUCUCGCGCUCGCUGGGUUUGACCCUGUCGCGGGUGGUGUUCUUCAUCGCGCUCUCGGCCAUGCUAGCUGGCUUUGCCUGGGCAGGUUUGACCGCUGUUCGUGGCCUUCGCCGUCGCUCAAAGGUGGUGGCGCUGUCCCAAUCGCAUCUGGCGGCGCCGACCGUGGCUCCGUCGUCAUCAUCAGCGUCGACGGCGUCGUCCGACUCGCGGCCGCCUGCCGACAUUCUCGACGCCGCCCGUCUGGAGUUCCAGGCCUCCCAGGACUUGCGCGCCUCGGCCUCGCUUGUCAUUGCAUCGAUUUCGCGAAGCCUGAACUCACACCAGCUGCCAGCGGUGGUAGACCGCAGUAUCUCUGACUUUAAGCCGAUGAGCUCGUCGACGUCGUCAACUUCGUCUGCGAUCUCGUCGUCGUCGUCCGUGUCGUCGUCGGCAGCGGCUGCACCAGUGCCUGCUGACUUGCUUGAGGAACAAGGCUCAUGUGCUCCGCUCCCGUUUCUGGCGCAGCAGCAGUCGAGCGGCCUAGUCGCACCGCCCACGGCGAUGAGCCCGCGUAGCCGGAUCAGUCCGCGCUCACCACGCAGCAAGCCGUUCAAGCGCGCGCUGACCAUCGACCUCACCUCGGAUUUGCGGAAGACAUCGCAGCGAGUGUCAAGCAGCAUAUCCGCGUCGCACAUGGCGCCCGACACAUGCCAGACGGCACGGCGACAGCGUCGCUCACGGCGCAACACCUCAGGCGCCGGCGGCGCUGGCACCAACUCUCUCCGCCAGUUGCGCUCGAUCGAUACAAUGGCAACUAGGUCUCCAUCGGGACACGUUGUGCUCUCCAGCCGACUGCACGUCCGCCAAAUGUCCGUCGACGGAACGCACAGCGUCUUUAUUCGAAAGUCGACGCUUGCGUCGGCAGCGGUGGGCGGAAGAACCAGUCCAUCGCGCCUCAGAAGCCACCGAUCCGAGUCACGCUCUGGCCUCGAACCGCAGCCCAGCUCGCACUCGCGCUCGCCAGCUCGCACCUCCAGCCGCACUCUGCGGCGAUCGCCCACUGCAUUCACCUCGACCUCGGCCAAGCCGCGCCCGAUGUCGUUGUCGCAUCGCAGAGAAAGCUCCGCCGAUCGCCAGUUGACGCCGCGCUCGCGGUCGUAAACCUGCUCUGCUGCCUCCUA